AUGACUGAAAUGAUGGAUAAAAUCAAUAUAGUUCUUGCUGAUGUGACUGGUAUUAAAUGUAAUCAAACUGAAGUCAUGGACUCAUUAAAAUUCUACGGGGAUAAAAUUGAUGAUUUUACCAGGCAAAUGGAAACUGUUGAGGUCAUGAUGAAAGAUUUGAAUACUGCCAAACAAGAAAUCUUAUUUCUGAAAAAUGAGUGCUCCGAACUCAGAUCCGAAGUCCAGUUUCUUCAACAACAAUCUAGAGCCAAAAAUGUGGAAAUAAGUGGAAUACCUGAAAGAAAGGGAGAAAUUAUUUCCCAGGUCAUUAAGAAUGUCGGCGUUCACCUGGGCAUAAACAUCGUCGACUCCGAGCUCGAUGAAGUUCACAGGGUCAUGAGACAUCCUAGUGCGACCAACAUAAAUUUACCGAAGAAUAUAGUUAUCAAAUUUUCAACAAUUACAAAACGCAACCAAUUCAUUCAAGCAUAUCGCCAUCAGAAGAAACCCGGAAAAAUGUAUACAAUCGACUUUGGUAUUGAGGGUCCUAAACAAGCUGUUUUUGUAAAAGAACACCUCUCACCAUACUAUAAAAUCCUCUAUAAAGAAACCCGAGAAUUUUGUUCUGCUAAUCAGUACAAAUACUGUUGGAUUAAGGAUUCGAAAAUCUUCAUAAAAAAAGAUCAUGGAAGAGCAAUACAAGUAAAGGAUGAAACUACUCUACAACGAUUAAACUAA